GUCAAACAUUGUUUGGAAGGAAGAUGUCACUUCAGCAUUGGCGAUAAAUGCGGAAUAACUGUUUUCUGAACUUCACAGACAAACAAGAAUUGUUGUUAGGAGCUAACUAUAUAUAUAUAUACAUAUUAACUGUUAAAAUGGAGAAUGGGUUUCAUGAUACUUCAACUGGAAAGACAGAAUGCAGUCAGAGCAAGAAGUUAUUUACUCCAGGCCCUCUAAGUGUCAGCCUCACGACUAAAGAAGCCAUGCUUCAAGAUCUAGGCUCCAGAGACCAGACAUUUAUUAACAUCAUCCAAUCAGUUCGAGAAAGUUUACUUCAAAUUGCUGGAGUUUCAAAAGAAACCUAUACUUGCGUUCUCAUGCAAGGAAGUGGUACUUUCAGCGUAGAGGCCGCUCUUACAUCUAGUAUUCCUCGAGAAAACCCUCGAGUUUUGUUACUAGUGAAUGGCGCGUACGGUAUGCGCAUGGCGAAGGCAGUCAAAGUUAUCGGGAUUCCCGAGACUGGUUUGGAAGUGAUGACUUUUCCCGAGGAUGAGAAAGUAGAUCCGGCCCGGGUAGAGGAGAGAUUAAAGGAUGAUAGAGGAUGGACGAACGUUGGAAUCGUUCAUAGCGAAACAACAUCAGGUGUCAUCAAUCCUAUCAAUGAUGUAGGCAAGGUCGUGAAAAAGUAUUGCCCAGAUGCAUCUUACAUCGUCGAUGCCAUGAGCAGUUUCGGGGCGAUUCCUAUCGAAUUUGAAUCUUCUGGUAUUGACUUCUUGAUCAGUUCUGCCAACAAGUGUCUAGAGGGUGUUCCAGGUUUUGGAUAUACUAUCGCUAAAAUCGAUAAGCUGGAGAAGUGUCAAGGUAACUCUCGUAGUCUAAGCUUAGAUCUGUAUGACCAGUGGCAAGGUUUAGAGAAGAACAGUCAGUUUCGAUUCACCCCUCCUACCCACACCAUCUUAGCUUUUCAUCAGGCACUCAAAGAAUUUCAAGCCGAAGGUGGGGUUAUGGCAAGAUCAAAACGGUACAAGGAGAAUCGUCAAAUCUUACGAGAAGGGAUGAAAAAGUUUGGAUUUCAAGAGUUUUUAGAUGAUACCCACGAUGGUUAUAUCAUAACAUCAUUCUACUACCCAAACCAUCCAAACUUUGAUUUCACCCAGAUGUAUCAACGGCUAAGCAAAUUGGGUUUGGUAAUCUACCCUGGUAAGGUGACAAAAGCAAAGUGUUUUCGUAUCGGAAACGUCGGCCAUCUAUUUCCUGAUGAUAUGCGCCUCUUACUGUCUGGUAUCCGCCAAGUAUUCAACGACAUGGAAAUCCCACUUCCACUCAUUUAAUAAUAAAAAAAUAUUUACAUACAUGUAUAUAAUGAAAGUAGAGGUAUAGUUUUAUUUGUAAACAUUUCUUUGUCAAUUUUCGUUGUUUACAAAUGAUUGCAAUCGAUUUAUGAUUUUUUUUAUUCAAUUCCACUGUGUGGAAAUUGUAUAUAUUAAUAUGUUUCAGAUGUACCUACGGGGGGCAGACUGCCCCCCUGACGAGUCACAACCCGGCAUGCAAGGGACGUAUCCCUGCCCC